UCAAAGACCAGAGAACAUUUUCUAAAGGAUGCAAUGACCGUUCAUCGUCCAAACAAUGUCCAUUCAGCAGUUCAAAGGCUCAAUCGUCCCCCUUCCUCUACUGGUAGGCCAAAAACAACAACAGCUUCUUCAACUUCACUAAAUGUCUCUCAAAUUUCUUCUCAAUCAACAAGUAGUAGCUCAGGGAAUGAAUGUGUUAAAGUUGUUGUUAGGUCAGUCUUAAGACAAUAUUAUCUAGCUAUUCACUUAGUUUGAACAAGUCCCACUUCACUUUUAGCAAUCUUAUUUUCCUUCUGAUAGGGGGUAUUAGAAGAGGUAUCCUUCUGAUACCUUCUGAUACCCCUCAAGGAUCAUGAAGUCUCCAAUUAUACCAUCCCUCUUUUCACAUAUUCUGGGCUUCAUAAGGGCGCUCAAUCUUAUCAUCUCCUUUUAUAUGUCCCAGUUACUCUCCAUCCGUCCCAAGCUUUUUCCCUCCCAAAAAAGGCGGGAAAAUCCUCCCAAGUCUUUCCCUCCUUCCCAAGCUUCCCCAUCCCUCCCAAGCCCUUCCCAUCUUUCUUGGAAUCAAUUCGGGAGCUGUGGCAGUAUAGAGUCAACCAGGCUAGACGUUAUAACAAUUAUCAUUUUCACUACUAAUUUCAUAC